UUUUUUUCAUCUGAAAUGCAAUUAAGACAAAGGCAUGUAAACUUUUUGUAUUUUGCUAGGCAAAUUAUUGAAAAAAUUUUCUUUUUUUCAGGAUUGUAUGGUGAAAAGGGAAUCCUGCCAGCUCAUACUCAGUUGCCAAACCUCAAUUACCCUAAACAAUGUUUCUUUGACAAGCUGACAGUGCUGUGCUUCUCAUCUUACUUUGGACUUAAUACUGCUUACAUGAUGGAGUUACUGGCUCUCACAGGAACAGUACUCAGCUUCAUUGGUAUGGUGUGGAAAUCGUGGUGUACGGCUACCUUUUACUUCUUCCUUUGGGGUUCAUACUUGUCCUUGUAUCAAGUGGGACAAACUUUCUUAUGGUUUCAAUGGGAUAUUCUUCUCUUAGAAGUUGGAUUUUUAACAAUUUUAGUGGCACCAGUGAGUCGACGUGGGUGGUCUGAGUAUCGCCCGAGAAACUUAGUCACAAUGUGGUUACUUAGAUGGGCCCUGUUCAGACUAAUGUUUGCCUCAGGCGUUGUUAAACUACAGAGUGACUGCCCAAGUUGGUGGGGAUUAACAGCACUGACAGUUCAUUAUGAAUCCCAGUGUAUCCCAACACCCUUGGCAUGGUAUUUCCAUCAGCUUCCUGUAUGGUGGAACAAACUGUGCAUUGUGGCAACCUUCUUAAUAGAGAUUCCUGUACCUUUCUUGUUUUUCAGUCCUGUGCGUUCUCACAGAAUAUUUGCAUGCUACAGCCAGAUUCUCUUGCAAGUGAUGAUUGUUUUUACGGGAAAUUACAAUUUCUUCAAUUUGUUGACACUUACUCUUUGCUUAUCUCUUAUGGAUGAUGUUCAUUUAGGCUAUCAACAUGUGAAGGACUUGUCUUUUGGUUUCAUCUCGUACGUCAAGAAUACCUGCAGUUGGGUUUUCAAGUGGAUAGGUUAUGGCAUCCUAGCAUAUUAUACCAUGGCCUACUUCUCACUCCGGGUUACACCUGAGGGAACUAUAGAGUCUGCUAUAGCUUUCAGCAGAGGUGAUUUUGAUGCAUGGAUGUCACGAGCUGUUCCUUUAAGUAUUGCAAUUGGUGCAUUUUCACUGCUGAUAACUGUAGCAGAGGCACUUACCUCAGCCCUGUUUGAAGUUCGUGGUUGCUUGGAUAAAUUUGGCGUCUUCACUACAACAUUUGUUUACUCUGCUAUGGCUAUCAGCUUAUUUGGAAUAAGCUUGGUUCCUUACACUGUAUUAGACAGACCUUCCAACCAACGUGUAUGGCCUAUUUUCCACCACUGGUAUGAGUACACAUCAGAUAUCCAUCUAACAUCCGCAUAUGGCUUAUUUAGACGAAUGACAGGUGUUGGAGGAAGACCAGAAGUGGUUUUAGAGGGAGCUUUGUACUUGGAUGGACCCUGGAGGGAAUAUGAAUUUCCUUAUAAGCCUGGCAGUGUGGACCGCCUCCCACCCUUUGUGGCUCCUCAUCAGCCAAGAGUUGAUUGGCAGUUAUGGUUUGCUGCACUGGGCACAUAUAAUCAAAACCCCUGGUUGAUUUCACUUGCACACCGUCUUUUGUCUGGACAGCCAGAUGUUGUGGCUUUACUGGAUCCAUCAUCACCGUGGAGAGAUAGUCCACCAAAAUAUAUCAAAGCCACUAAAUAUAUUUACCAUUAUGCUAACUUUGCAGAAGGGGCUUCUGGAAUGUGGUGGAAACGGCAAGUUGACGGUGAUUAUUUACCAAUCUUCACUGUUGAUCAUGCUCCUCUUGUUGAAUAUCUGCGCAAGAUUGGAACCAUUGGGACAAUGGACAUUCCUGCCACCAACCAGCCUUUACAGCAGCUGUUGGAUAUAAUCAGGAGCUUUCUUACUGCAAUGGAUCCAGAAUUAUUAGUGUGGAGCUUAUUUGUGUCUGCUUGCAUUCUCAUUUGGACUAAAAGAAAUGCAGUACCAACCAUUGUUAAAGGCGUUUAUAGACCAAGAAAUAAAGGUGGCAGAUGGGACCAAUCUCAAAAGUGAUUGAAUCAAUGGUGCUGUCAAACAUUUUUUCUCACCUAAUUGUUUUGACAUUUUUGUACUUCAUAAAAAGGUAGAAAAUGGGAGGUGAAUUGAAACCGGUUUCAUACAGUACUUAAGAAAAAGUAAAAAAAGGGAGGGGGGAUUUGAAACAGAUGCUAUAUAAAACUCUUAAAGUAAAUAAUUGGAAGGAAAUGUUGAGAAAAUUUUCAAGUUGACUUCACAAUAGGAUAAUUGCUACCCAUAGGCCUUUGAAAAUGUUUACUUUGUAUUGCCUUUACCAUGUGUUUAUGAAUUGUUGAUUUUUCUUCAUAUGCAGCAUUGGAAAUGGUUGUAUAAUUGUGAAAACAAAAUCUUAACAUCUGUAAUUAUGCUAACUAAUUGGUUUUCACGAGCUUUUGAAGAUUCUUUAUUUUGCUCUAUUGCAUUUACCUUAUGUAUAAGAAUUGUCAGUUUUUUGUUCAUUUAUAUGGUUGUAGUUGUGAGGACUGCAACAUCAUCUUUAUUAUGCAUUUUCCACAAAGCUGGUGCUAAUUCCUUUAGACACGUAUAUAGCAAGCAAGGAGAUAUAUGUCAUGCAUUGUGAUUUGUUUGUACUACAUAUGUGACUGUUUGAUAUAAUUUAAUUAAUAAUUUCACAACUACUAAAGAAAUUUGACCUAUUAUACAGCUAUGUAUGUUUUUUCUGUCUCCCUUUAAUGAGAGGGAUUCUGAUAUUCUAGCUUAAUCCCAGUGAGAAUGUUAAGCAAAUAAAAUUAUUUUUUUACCCCUAUCAGGGUGAAAGACUGGUCAUAAAACAUACUCCACCUAACAUUAAAUGAUGAACAUUGUAUCAGUUAAGGAGAAGAGUGCAAACUUGAGAAUGAGAAAUACAAAAAUGGAAAUGGUUCAUAUACUAAAUGGUACAUAGCAAAUGGUGGUGCCCAACAAUUUAUCUGUUGAGCAAUUUGGAAGUUAUAGAGCUUUCAACUUUUUUUUAACAAUAAACUGUGUAACAGUGAAUCUGCACAGCUCUUACUUAUGGAUAAGGGAGACUACUUAAUUUAAGAAUAUCUUAAGCUUUGCAGUAACAUUAAAAUAUUAACUGAGCUGACAUAGAACAUACAUAAUAUUGUACCUAUAAGACUUCAACUUACAUUUGUUCCUACUGACAUCAAUUUACAUGACAUCAAUUUACAUUUGUUCCUACUGACACACAAAACGUUGUCUUUUAAAGAAAGAGUAUUCCUCAUUGCAAGCUGGAGUAGUUAUUAAACUUGGAAACAUAGCUGUUAACUUUUGGUUAAGAGGGGCGAGUGGGGAAAUAAGCCUGACUUGCCUUGCUUUGUUCCCAGCAGCUGUAAAGAGAUGUUUCACUGCACAUUCUCUCAUCCUCAUGUUUAAUUAUUGUUGAAGUAGAAUUAUUUCUUUUUGCUUAAUUGUUUGCUUACUUUUGACUUGGUUUAUAUCUAAAGCAUGGAGAAAACCCAUGAAUAACACCAUGACGGAAGCAUGGGUGCCCAUUUGAGCUCUUCAUGUCCCCUGUAACAGCUGAACCCCACAGCCCACAGGCACUGUUCCUUUAUCGGUGAAGGCAUGCACUCAUGCUUCCUCCUGCGAGGAGUAUUUAGGUUGACUUCUCACCAGUUUGGUAGGAGGAGGAAGAAGGACAAGAAGUAUUUGCCAGCUUUAUCGGAAGGAAACAUGACUCCAGUAACAUAGUCGAAUCCCUCUGGUUCUUUUCUUUCACCGUCCUCUAAUGUUACACUCUCCUCAUAAGGGAGUAGGACUUUAGUCCUGAAGGAGUCUGACAUUGCCUUUGCUUCAGAAGAUGAUGCUGGUGUUGGUGGUGGUGCCUCCCCCUAGUUGGGCCUCGUCCUCAGCCUUAUCUGAUUCUGAUGUUCCAGGUACAAAGUACCUACAAGAUUUGACUUGUGUUGAAUGUCUCUGGCAGUCUAUCUUUGCAUUGUUCCUGGACAAACUGGCUGAAAAGAAGUUAGAGCUCUCUCCUAUGCCUAUUCCCUGUGAUCAGCUGGGGAUCAUGGUAAAUUUAGAGGAGUUGAUCUCAUUCCCAAGCAGUAGAUAGUGCCUCCUCAGGGCACUUUCGUAGACACUGCAGCAAUGAGAGCCUUCAAAGUUUUGUCCACUUUGGGAGCUGUGGCCUUCAGCAUGAAGUAUAUUUUUCAUCCUUUACAGUUUAAUUCAGCCCCUGGCUAAAGCUUUGGAUAGAGAUCCAACUAUUUGCGGGGGAGGGGGGGCUCUGGUACACAUCCCCCACGAAUACGGGGGGACCACCGUAUAGUUUAAGUGUGGGUUGAUGUAAUUCUGUAAACCUUAUUUUAAUAUUAUUGGGAAAACGUUGGAUCAAUUGCACUGAUUUACCCCUCAGGUAAUAUAACUAUAUUGACAUUGGUAGGUGGUCCCUUGAGUCUCAUAGGACAUCAAAGGGAUUGAUGAAAGUGUGUGUGGAAAGUUAAAAUUAUAAAAAAUGGGUUGAAAACAUACAGAUAGUAGUAGUACUUUUGACAGUGAUGUAAAAUUACCUUCCUGGUGAAUGUCCUUUUUGCAAAAAAUAUUUGUCAAAGGAACACCACCUUUGUGGAGACAGUAAUUACUAGAUUUCUCUUUUGCAAAUUCUGAGCUUGCAUUAUCUGUUAAUAUUUCUUGGGGAUACCACAGUCACAUUUACUAUGAAUCUCAUUGUAGUCAGGCUCUAUCAACUUAAUAAUCAAAUGUCUGCUUAAAGUUUCAGGUUGGCUAAUCAAAUGUUUAUAUGCUUGGUGCUAUCUUUUACUAUUUGCAUUUGUGUACUUUUUAAGUGUACUUUUCCAUUUGAAAGGUUCAUUGUGCAUGAGCCAAAUUAAGAGUUUUCUGGCAUUUGCUUUUUACUAGAUACUGCAAAAAACAUGAUAAAAGCAGAGAAUUUACCAAUAAGUAGUUUUUAAGAUUAGAUUAAAAAACAAAUUCUUUCAUUUAGACACCUUGUUAUAAAAUCUGUUCUAAAAUAAUUUUUGUAUCAUUUAUGCUGAAUUUAAUAAAUAAAUUAGCAGCGUUCAGUGAAUAUUUUUACUGUUAUUAAAUAUAACAAUUAGCUCAAUCCCUGUGGCCAUCCCUCUGUAAAAUUAAUUGUUGAUAUUGGAGGUCUAGUUGAAUUUGAUGAUAAUGUUAGGAAGCAAAACAAAUAUCAGAAUACUAUCUCCUUCAAAAAAUUUUUACAAGAUAGAUUGUAACCAUCUGAAACCACAGGUUUUAAAUCUACCCAGAAUUUAAUGCAUAUGAUUUACUCAUAUUUAUAGCCAAAUUUUUACAAUAAGCAUAUAUUAUUUGUUUCCUGAUUGCCAAUUUACCAACUGGCCUAUUUGCCCAUAAACUGUUAGUUCAGCAACAUAUGGAAGUGUGCCUGUUCUUAUGUACUACGUAUUGUAAAUAAGACUGUAUCAUGCACAAAUUAUAUCUUAAAGAUAUAUAUUUAGUGAUUCAAAUAUAAAAAGAGUUGGUGUGUAUUUCAUGAACUAGGUUAUUUGUUUCAUCAGAAAACAUUAUUAAGUAUCUUGGUGGAAAAGAGAGCACUAUAUAGACCAACUUACAAGGAAGGAUGUUCCAGUUAAGUUCAUAAUAGUUUUUUAGCAUGAAUUUUACAGAACUUCAUGAUCCUUUUCUAACAUACUCCCCUUUUCUUAUUAAUUUUAAUUGUAAAGAGAGGUUUGCAAGUUGAUACUUGAUGUAUUUAGUAGAUAUAACUGUAAUCAGUCUUCUUUUCCUUCAAAAACGAAGACUUUGCACAGGGUACCUGUAAGAUAUACUGUGCUAAAGUGUUGGUAAUGCUGCAUUUGACUGAUGCAUAUAUUGUUAUGUUCUUACUUCAGUAGAACAUGUCAUAAACAUACAUAGGUAAUUUUAUGCAGACAUAUCAGAUUAAACAGCUUAAAAUACAAGUCAACAACUUAUAGGUAGCCUUAACCAGCGCUUCAUACAAUUAUCAAGUAUUGACCAAAGAAUCAUUCUCUACCUCGGUCGUUGAUUUGUUUUCAACCUGUUUCUGAUAUGUAUGCAGGUUUCCAACUUGUGUUUAUAAUGGUUUACUGCACCUCUUGCUGUCAUUCAACUAGGUUGUAUUUCACUCAACCCUUGGUUGUUGCUUUCCCAUGCCUUUAUGGAUAAUUUGUCAGUUGAAGGUUGGCUGUAUUGAUAGGAAAUAGUCACUUCCCAACCUGGUUUUUUUUUUCUCUGGUUGUCGGGAUAUUCAGAUCUAAUAAUGAGAUGAUGCCAUUUGUAGAUAUAUUUCAACUCCAUGCUCUAGAGUUAACAUAUUUUGAGCUUAGCCAUUAACUAGAGGUACACCAUGUAACAUUUCCUGUGCUGCCCAUUCUGCAAAAUAUUGCAGUGUGUUAACAUUGCUUUGUGUACUGAGGAACAUCACAUGAAAUAUACUUACAUUGAAAUUUGGUCAUUACACAGGUAAUUGACUAAAACUGAUGAAAUUCACAAUUAAAAAACCAGCAAAAUUACAGUUGGAGCUGGUCAUUAUUUGGCAUUAAUAAAUGAUACUGUAUUUAAAAUAUGGGCUUCACUAAGAACCAUGAGCACUACUACAUGAUAGGCACUUAAUGGAAAGCAGACAAAAUGCUAACAAUGAAGGCUGUGGUUCAGCUGCACAACUAAUUGGCAUCCAUCCCCAUUUGUCUCAAUUACUAAGUACCACCUGUACAGUUCAAGUGCUAAACUGGAUUAAAAUUUAAUCAUAGCAGGAUGGGCCCAUUAGCUACCAAACUCCACUGAUGCAGGCUACGUAAUGCAAGGUUCCCUUGUCCUCUAUAACUUAAAGCUAGCCUUAUCUCCCAAUACUGUGUAUCUUUUCUAACAUAGUACAGAAUAACCUUUUACAUCAAAAGACUUUUUUAGUAAAUUUAAGUUUAAUAUCGUGAAAAUAUUAAAUUAAUGCUACUGUACACAAGAUGCAUAUAUCAGGUUUUAUAAGUUUAAAUGACCAUAUCUGUUGAAGUAUAAUCAAGGUCUUGGUGUAAAUUAGUAUUACCCAUGGUGAAAUGGUGUAAAUUAGUAUUACCCAUGGUAAAAUGGCUUUUUAAUGUUUGCUAAUAUAAUAAAUGUAACAUAAGACCAAAAGAUGUUUUUAAAAAUUUUAGAAGUGCUAUUUUUGUAGUUCCUACAGUAGAGGUAUUAAGAUAAUGUUUUAUAUAAAACUCAAGUUUACGGUGAACUUUUGAUUUGUCACUGGUAUAGGAUAGGUAUUAAAAUAUUACAUCAUUUUAAUACUUGAAUUGUUUUAAAGUUUUGCUAUAGAAUUGAAAAUCCUAGAUGUCUAGAUGCAUGAUUUUAAUUUCUCAGGCAAACUUGUUACCUGUGGAGAAUUUUUCUGGUUGUUUUGUAAUAAACCAUGCAAUGCAGAAUGCUAAGAAUCAUGAAAAAGGCUAGUUUUGUAGUUCCUAAACAAUAUGGAAUGGAGGCUAUAGUUCUUGUAGGGUAACUUUCUUUGGCUUUUAUUUUUGAGAUUUACAUGUGAACUUGUGAGUUGACCCAUUAUAUGAUGUCAAUUUUUGUUUUGAAUGUAAUCAAUAUUCUUUGCUCAGACUAUAAAGCUGACCUCCGCCUAUUCACGGUUCUGGAUUCACAGCUUCACCAAUUCACCCAUUUUUCUGUGGAACAUAUAACCACAUUAUUUGCAGAAAAUUUGCCUAUUCAUGGGAUGUUUCAUAGAAAAAUAUUGACUAAGUACUUUCAUAUUUUCGUGAAUAAAUACAUUUUUUCAUCAUAAAACUAUUAAAAUAGACAAGUAUAAGCAUUUUUAGUGGGGUUUCCGGUGUUUGAACUAUCAAAAUAAUCAGUUAUGAGCAUUUUUUGAGAAGCGUCAAGUAUCCAGGGAUUUUAGCUUUUCGCAGGGGGUUGUGAGGGAUCCCUACCCCGUGAAUCCCGGGGGGUUGACUGUAAUUCUGAAUUACUUUUUUCCAAAUGUUUGGAACCCCUAUAAAAACGCUAAAAAACAGCCUAUUUUGUUAGUUAAAACUAGAAAAACACACAAAAAAUUUUUAUACUUGGUUUUUAAUAGUUUGAUCACAAAAAGUGCAUUUUAUGAUGAAAUUGAUAAAAAAAACAGGAAUUCGUGGAUAUUUCUCAUAGAAAAAUAACACGAAUGUGCGAAUUUUCCGCAAAUAAUGCGGGGAAACAUUCCCGAGAGAAAUCCGCAAAUGUGUGAGUCCGCGAAUCUGGAGAAAGCGAAUACAGGGGGUCCACUGUAAACCAUUUACAAGGAAAUAACUUAUGUUAGUUUUUGAUACCUUAGGGUCUCUUAUCAGAUUGUUUUCUAAGGGAAGGUACUUAUCAGGUUACAAAGAUAGUGCUAUACAGUAACAGGAUUUAAGACUUAAUGUUAUAGUACUAUUUGUGAGAACAAGAAUUUUAAUGAAAGCUUGCAUUUUUUUUCCUCACAGAAAAAUGACACAGCUUGUAAGUAGAUGACUUAGGUUUUACUUAUUUGGUUGUUUUGUACUCUCCACCAAUAAUAUUUACAUAAGUCCAACCUUAUUUCCAGGGCUGUGGAGUUGCCCACACAUAACCUUAUGAUUCAUACUCCUCAAAUUAUGGACAUAACCUUGUGAUUCAUAGUAACACUGAUGUAGAUUCUUAACUCUUCUAUCAUAUGAUAAGAUUAACUAUAUUUUCUGUUUCUAGUGAAAACGCACAACAUGCAGGGCAUUUCAUCACUGCCAAUAUGAAUCAUCAGGUCACUUUUAACCCCUUUAACCUGUUAAAAGACAAGGUUUAAAGUCUAACUUUGAGGAUCAACUUAAUCUUGGCAUGGAAAUUCACUUUUUUGCUGUCUGGGUUUGUUAUAUAGCAAAAGUCUCCAAUUAGAUAUCUGCUAAUGUGCAGUACUAAUUUCUCUCUUGAAGUAAUAAUGUAAUGAUUCUUUAUAAAUCUCGGAUAAUUUUUCUUUUCCUUGCAUUGCCGUUUAAUAUUAUUUUGGCGGUAUUUGAGCAAACAGCUAAAAAUAUACAAAUUGUGGAAACUUAAAAGGUUUAAUUCCCUUUCAAAUACUUACUUAAAACUUGGAAAAUUAAAAAUUUAUUGAGAUGGAGGACUUGUGUAAAUUUUUCAUAAUUCAGAAGAGCUUUACAAGUCAGUUUUUUAAAGUACUUUCAAUUUUUUGGACUUACUAUGUAAAUAGCUAAUGUAUCUGCUGGUGGAUUCACACUAAUCACCGAAUUUUUGGUUAGUAUGAAAAAUAUGAUAAUCAUAAAAGUUAACAGUAUGUAUCUGCACUAACUGCAUUACUGUUUGCACUUGCUUUUUAAGUAACACAUCCAGUCAUGGUCUUUCACAUUAAAUGUUGUGACACAUUAAGUUUGUGAACAUUUACAGCUACAUUUUGAAAGGUAUAUUUAAUUGCAUUAAAAGUUGUGAUUUAAUGUAUAGUAAUGGUAGCUGCAUUAUUAUUUUCAUGAUUGUAAUAACUAAGGUGACCAAGAACUACCAAGUAAGAAAGUUUACAAUACAAGCAUAUCUUCAAUACAGCCAUAAUUUCUAUUGCAAAAUUAGUUGGACUUUUCCUAUCCAAUGCAGAAACAUGAAUUGAUACAAAUGUUAAAGACUCGUUUACUGAAAAAGGCGCACAUGUGAGCAAUACUGUUUUGAAAAUCAAAGUCAGUGAUGAAACUUACAAGAAGGUGAGUUCAAAUGCACUCCUUUCUAAAGAAAAUCAUGUCAGGCAUCAUCAAAAAUCGAAUUCUUGCAUCUUCUUGAGAUGGUCUAGUGUACAUUUGGCAUAUUCUAAAGUUAUAUAAAAAAUUUUCAUUAUAUAACAAACAGACAAAGUCUGUAUAUUUGAUGUCUCCAAAUAAACAAUUUUGGAUGCAGGAUCCCCACACAGUAAUUGCACUAAAUUGUGUCAAUGUAAGAAAAUACACACAUGUACGCUGCUUUACCACCUACCAGGAAGGACAGGAGAUUCCCAGAAAAUGCAGAUGAACGUUUAAGUAUUACAGCAGUUGGGAACCCCCUUGUAACUGGCAAUCCUGCUAUUAAGUGGAAUAAAUACUGAGUAGUUACUUAGUGUGUAUAAGUUUUAUCAAAUUGUGAGUAGUAUACAAAACUUAUUACAGAAGUGCAGAAUACUUAAUGAAAGUAUCAUGAAUGACCUGGCUAAUUAUUACAACAUACCAGUAAUUAAGAAGCAUUUUGUUAAUUUAGAAAGUACAAAUCCAUCAAGAUUCCUAUAAGGAAUUUACCAAGAUUUCAGCCAUAACAUCAAAACUGUCGGUUAAAUGCCACUGCCAGUAAAAAUUGAGAUAAGUAUCUAAUGCUCACUUGUCCCAUUAUACUUUGUCACUGUGAUGGGAGACAGGACAACAUCCACAUUCUUACAUGGACAUUAAUUAGUAAAGGUGUUGUGAAAUGGUUACACUUUCAGAACUGGACAUGUAAGAAACUCUAGACUAGUUUGGUGAUUUCAGGGUAGAUAGUGUGACACUCCUUCAUAUCUGACACAAAAUGAACGUAUUUUUAGGAAGUAGUUUUCAAAGUGUUUUCUCAUCUUGUUUCUAAAUAGUGAUAUAACCUAAAGGGUUCAUAGUAUUUUUGUAUAUUGUGUGUAUUCAUCAGUUGUGUGUGUUAGAUAGAUAAUAUACAGCAAGACUUUACUUAAAACAUUAUGCCCUGUAUAUUGGACAUUGUCUUUUAUGAAAGGUUAGUUAGAAUGCUGUAAGCAGUAAUAAUAAAAUAUGCCUCCCAAUUCUUACCAUUUUAUCAAAUACGACCUGUGGUUUUCUUGCAACCUGUAUAUCUUUCAGUCCAGAUUAUUUUGUCCAUCAUGAACUUGCUUUUAAAAUUUACUUAUUCCUAUGUACUGUGCAAAUAACUUGGACAAAAAAGUCACUCGGUGGUCUGGUUAAACCACACGGUAUUAUUUUAUAAAAAACCAGAAUUGUUUCAUUGCUUGAAUGGUAGUGUUCAAAUUACUUGUAACUGUUACAGUAAUGAUUUAAUCAGCACUAUGUGAAGGUUUAAAGAAUAAAAAUAUCAAACAGCAUCUGAAAUACUGCCUGAUUCUUAUAUUGGAAACACAUAAGAGUCUGCUGUAAGAAAGAAAAAUAUUUGUCAAAUAUUAAAAAAUCAUGAAAAUCUGCUACAAAACUACACAUCUUAUCAGAAGACUAUGUGAACUUUCUAGCCGAGUUAUUUAUUAAGGAUUACGCUCAGAAAUUUUUAAGGUUGACUUUAGGCUGAGUUGGUCUCUCUUCUUUAAUUCAAUUAAAAAUAUUUCUUCCAUCUGAUAUUGUUUUGGAAAAAUUAGAUGGGGGUUUAUUUCUGGUAGUAUAGAAAUUUUGAGAAAAUCCUGAGCAUGUCAUACAUUUGAGGCUGUCUGAAGUUUAGCCAAAUUAUUCAUAUGUAUGUACAAUAUACAGUAGUACUACAUGUAAAUUUUUUCAGAGGUCAUCUUGAGUAAAGAACUAGUACAUACGUAAUUCAGUUCACUGAAGUGAACCUUAGAACCCUACACUUAUAUGUGGUUUUAAUUUAAUGAAGGUUAUUUACUACAUACAGUGGACACAGGUUAUACUACUUUGAGAAACGUAAGGGUAGAUAUGUGAAGAAUUUAGAAUUAUUUAUAGUUUGACUUAUGAGCAUUUAAAAGUUGAUAUUACAAUUAGGUUAAGAAUAACUUGCAAGUGGACUCUGUGGUUCUGAUCAAUUAAGAAUAUUGUAGUCUCUUUAGUUCUGGUCAAUUAGAUUGUAUAGUAUGCUCGUUUUUUGUAUACAGGCAGUCCCCGGUUUACGACGGGAGUUCCAUUCUUAAGACGUGUUGUAAGCCGAAAAUCGUCGUAAGCCUGAAACAUCAUCAAAAGUCCUAAGAAAACCUUACUUUUAAUGUUUUGGGUGCAUUAAAAACUAUGUAAACUGCAUUCUUAUUGCAUUUUUCAUCAUAAAAACCUUCAAAUAUUGGUUAUUUUGCAUUUUUGGUAUCCUAUUUCUUCUGCCAGAUCAGCGUUGGUGUCAUAACCCUGAAAAUAAUUUCUGAUGAAUAUAAUUGUAAAGCGCCUUAACCUCGGAACGUCGUAAGCCAAACCCUUCGUAACCCGGGGACUGCCUGUACAGUACUCUUUCCAAGUUUUCUGCAAUUUCCUACUUGUAAGACUUUCCACUGUGUCACGUUUACUUAUGUUUGCUUUGUUCAAAUCUGUUAAAGGGCCCCCUGUUUCAUUUGUCAUUUGUGCAAUUAUAAUGAAGUUAUUUUUGUAAGAAACUAUAAGAAAGAUCACCUUAGAACUAGGCUAAAUGGUUUGAUUUGAAAAUAUGUACAGCUGUACACAGCAACAUGACAAGGCAUGACUAAGAGUAAGAUUUUAUUCACAAUUUUUGUACAACAAACACCAAACUCGUGUAGUGACAUACAUUACCGAAUACGUAUAUGGAUUCUCCAAUGAGGUCAGUUUAUCUUUGUUUGAAUAUAUUCCUAACGUUUGGUUUUCAAAAUCAGUACACAGGUUCAUCAGUUUUCAUAAAUUUAAGCUAUUUCGUGUUUCCAUUUUCUUUACCCAUCUCUAAAUUUCCAGUUAGAAUUGAAUGUGAGUUUUGUGUUUAUUGUGAACUUAGAUGUUUGCCGUGUCAUUACAUUUGAAUUAUUUGACUGGAGACUAACCAUUUCACCCACUUACUCUGCUACAAAGCUUACCUGCACUUUUCAUUACAAGCAUCUUCCUCUUUACUUACAAAAUUGCCUUAUUACAAGUGCUGUAAUAGAUUUGCAUGAACAAAUUUAAAUAUUUUUAAAUACACUUUAUGUAAAUCAAACACUGAUUUAUAUGCUGACAUCUGUGAGACUUAUAAGGCACAUUCUUAAAAACAUAAAGGACUAUUUUUAGUUGUGUAAGUUUAUCUUGCCCUAUUUUUGCUUUAUUUUAAAAAAUGAAGUACUACUAGAAACGUAAAAACUGCCAUUAAAACAAGUAAUUAUGAUAAUUUUGUAUCACUAAUACCUGUCAUGCUUUGCAACUUACAUUCUAAUAAGAAUACUGUAUCUACACUGGCAGCUUAUUGGCAAUCAUCUCAAUGUGAUCACUUACAACUGUUGAUAUGCAAUAUUAUCAAUACAUUUUACACCAUACAUAUAAGUAAUAGCCAAAUUUUCAACUUUUCAUAUGGUUUUGGAUGAAUAUGUUGUGAAGGAAUGUUCUUCGUUAUUUUAGAAUAGUACUUAUGCAGUAAAUUUUAAGUUCAAAUUUAGUAGCACCUAAACUUCAUUAGUAUUCAGAUAAUGGUGUAUUUAUUCAAUAUACAAUAUUGUUAUAAUGAAUUACCAGUUUUGAAGUACCUUUCACAGAAUUUCUAUACGUAUCCAACUUUUAGGAAAGUAGAUGUUGCUGUAGAUAUUGUGUAGUACGAAAUUUUCCAUAAAGAUAUUAUUAAUCCUUUAUAAGAACUGUGACCUAGGAUUUUACCAGGAGUUAUUUUUGAAGUAGCUUUAUACAUUUGAAAUUCUAAAAUAUUUUGGUGAAAAGCAUUGAACCGAAUGAAAAUGAAAAAUAACUGUAGCUUCUUUCUGUGAGUUCAGAAGUUGAACCAAAGUUGUUGUGUUGCUAAUGUAGUACAGUACAGUGUAUGGCUGACAACUCACUGAAACUGUAUAAAAUCCACAGAUUUGUAACAUUAUAGUAUACUAAAAUAUUGUAAUGAAUGUGCCAAGGGGCAUCCAGUUUGCUUCAGCUUUAGGGAAGAAUCUUGAUAUCUGCAUAUAUUUUUAUUGCCAUGUUGUUGUGAAUGUUUAGCAGUUUUAGUUUCUAAAUCUUUUUAGAUACAGUACGUAUAGUACCUAUUUUAGUGUUGUACAAUGUAAAGUACUAUAUCUUGUGGGAUUUUCAUGUGAGGAGAAUUUCUUUAAAAUUUUACAAAAGAAAUUCCAUAAUUUUUACAGUUUAUAGCUCUAAUUUUCCCAGUUUGCACAAACAUUUUGUUUCUAAUUUUCUUAUGUAAGAAGUGUGAUUUUUUAUUACAGACUUUUAAAAGUGA